AGCAGCACUACCUGUGAUCGACGCCCUAUCUGACCAAUAGGAUAACUAGGACAUUAUGUUUACAACAACCCCCUCUUUUCCCUACAAGUCGACUGUUUUGCCCCAUCAUGGUUUGGGAGGUGAAAAAUCUACCUCUGCCAUCAAGCAAUUCCAAAGACUACAACAUCCAGCAGGCCCGCCAUCAGCCCGAAUACACGGGAACAAUGAGCGCUGAUGAAGACCAGGUUCACAAUCCACCACGCUGUGACGAGCACUUCCUCUCCUCCUGCCCCAGCCUCCCCACCAGCGACAGUUUCAUGGAAUACGACGACCUGCCAGAUCUACAGGAGGUCCAGGAGGAAUUAACACCAGCGACUGUUUACCAGGUGGAGCUCGGCGUGUCGCACCAGGAGCGGCGUGCCGACCCGCAUCCUCCUCCUGAGACGCUCUUGCUCACACAGCUGGCACACAUCGCCACUGGACCUCAGAGCCCACUUCUACAGGAUCUUCCUCACAGCCGCUCCUCCGCAGUCUGCAUCCCGAGCGCCAGUAGUGAUCUACACACCUACGCCCGUCCUCCGCCUGCUCUCCUUAGCAGCACGUCGCCGUCUAGAGUUCCCCGCAGGGAGCGACAUCGCAGCAGGACGAGCAGCGAGUGUGGCUCUGUGCUGUCGACCAGGUCCUCGCUGUCUGAUGAUGAAGACAUGGGCUGGAGUUUCUCCUGUCCAGCCACUGCCUGGCACUGCUUUCUAAAAGGAACCUGCCUGCAUUUUCACAGCGGGUCACAUGUGGAGUGGCAGUAUGCUGAGGAGUUGGGGUCCGGUGAAGAAGACUGUGCCGAAGAGGAGCGAUCAAGAUUUCUGAAGAGUUAUGGCUCUGAAGGCCUGCAGCUGGUGGAGCAUGAAGAGACAGUGUCCUCUGGUCAGGCUGUGUUGCAGCUAACCUUUGACCCCGGGGUAUUCGGGCACACGCCGAUCACAGCGCGGUGCCAACUGGAUCACCCUUUCUACGUAAAAAACAAAGGAUGGUCCUCGUUUUACCCAAGCUUGACCGUGGUCCAUUAUGGAAUACCAUGCUAUGAAAUGGAGGUAGGCGAUACGUGCCUGCCUCCUGGACACAGGGACACCAAGCACACAGAUGAUUCACUGGUGUUUGACACAUUUAAAAGUUAUGACUUCACUCCUCUGGACUCCUCGGCUGUUUACCUGUUAAGCAGCAUGGCCAGACGCCGACGUGCCUCACAGUCCAGUGGGGGGGCCGUUUCUCCCGACAGAGACGAAUUACCAGAAAGCCACAGUCUCAGCCCUUGCCACUCCAGAUAUCAAAAGCCAACUAAAGCUAAAGCACAAGGUAGCAGCAGUGCCCCGCCCUCUAAGUGCAAGCGGCCAAUGAACGCCUUCAUGCUGUUCGCCAAGAAGUUCAGGGUAGAGUACACGCAGAUGUUUCCAGGCAAGGAUAACAGAGCGAUCAGCGUCCUCCUUGGCGAGCAGUGGAAGAGAAUGCAAAGCGAGGAGCGCCGCGUGUUCACCUUGCAGGCCAAAGCGCUGGCCGAUGAGCAGAAAAGGCUUAACCCCGAUUGCUGGAAGCGCAAGAGAACCAACUCGGGCUGCCAAGGAUUUCAAAGCUGAACUGACAGAGCAUGUAGUAGUACACACACGCAUAUUCAGAAGUCAAACAAAAAGCCUUGUGCUGGGAUUCAGUCCAACUUUCUGCUCAGAGGUCUCGUGUUUCUGAGAUUAUCCCAGAUCUCUGAGGAGAACAACAAAGUUAACAGCCACACCUGCUCUCACCUAUAAUGUGCUCAGUGAACAAAAUGUUUAGGGAAAUACCUCUUAUUCCUGCAGGUGAGUGUGGUGUCUCCCUAUCAAAGACAAGCUUUUCCCAACCAGAACCGCGCUGCGGCUGAGCAGGUUUGAACUUUGAGAGGCGUUCAUCAAUUUACAAAAAUGUGAUCAUAGAAAAACAGAGAGAUGCUCUGGUUCUACUCAGAGUGUCUCUUGAUGCUUGAAGCAGGUAGAGGUUGUGAGGAUGUAGCAUUUUAGCCAAAGCAGUGUAGCCAACUUCUCUAAAAUCCAUGUUAUGAAAUAAGACACAUGCAAUUUAUUUUCUUGCCUAUUAUUGUUUGUAUUUAAACUAAGUGUUGUUGCACAAGAUUAUAUAAUAUGUAUUUAGUGAUAGCUUUUUUUUAAUCUUGUUUAAUUCAACUUUAGUGCAUAAUAUUCCUCCACUAAACAAAUGUACUCCAAGUGUACAAAUAGGGGCUUGGGAGCUUCUUCCCCUUAAUGUAACAUUAAUCCAUUACCACUUAAAGGGAUAAUUUGGGAAAGAAGGUUCUGUUGGAGGGAUAUAGACUUUUAAUAUCUGACCUACAAUGCAUAACGCUCCUCAUUUGUCAUAGAUCGAGCUUGGCUGGUCCCAGAGGCUCACACUAAUGGCUAGUCCAGGAUGGCCCAAAACCAAGGCAGAUCCCUACUGUCCAAAAAUAGCUCCAACCUCAAAAAGGCCUUAAUGCAUUUCUGCAUUGGGCGACUAUUCACACAGACAAUUAAAUGGGAUGCGGUGCCCCACCUGUGAUCUUCCUGUGUGAGACACCUGCGGUGAUUGGUACAUGUGGAGGAAGGAUUCUGGGUCACAGCAAGUGUGUGAUAUAAAUGUAAAGCCGGGUAAAUAGCAAAAAUAUUACAGCAGUGUAAGUGAGCAAUGUUUUAUUACAGUGGUAUUUUUUAAAUAUCAUUUUAACAUAGCUUUAGCCAUAAAGUGUGAUUUUGGUCAUCGUUGGUCAUUUUAGUUGUACUGUAUUAGUCGACUAAAUAAUUGUAAACAUGGUGAACUAAAUGCAUUUUUAAAGAAAAUCACUUCUUUACAAUAACUGAAGUAUCUACACUAGAUAGAAUGGAAGCCGUUACAGUUUCCCCUCUCUUUCCAAGGUCUUUAACCCUGUGAUGAAAAUGUCAAUAUUUUUCAUCAUAGACAUUUUUCUCAAGUUUUCUUUGGUCCCUUUUUGUUGGUGGAGUCGGAUUAUUUGUUGUUGUUUUUCUGUAUAUUGGCUGCACAGUGGCGCAGUGGGUAGCGCUGGUGCAAGAAGUUUCUGGGUUCAAA